AUGUCAGCAGUGUUGUGGUGACACCAACUGCCUGAGCGAUUUCCCUUCAGUUUCUAAUGGGUUCCCGAGGAGGCAUGUUCUCCAGGAUCCUCAGUCUCUUUCGGAGGGACAAUCAUAUCCAUGCAGAGACCAGACCAAGGCAGAGGGAGGCCAGCCCUCCAUCACGUUGGAGAAGAAGACGAAUGGAAAGGUCCUGGAGGAGGUCAAAGUUUGAUCAGAAGGCAUCAUCCCAACCCUCCACAACACCUGUUGAGGAGGAGAGAAUGAAGCGUCUGGAGAACCUCAAAAUUGCUCUCCACAAGAUGCAGAAGGAGAGAGAUGAACUCAGGAGAAUCCUGGCGGAUUACCCGGGAAAGAAUUUAAAUGACAGGAACAACUUUGAGUCCGAGAUGCUCACGAUGCAGCACGAGGAAGUGAUGACCGACAUGAAGAAAAUGAGCGAGCAGGUCAAUAGAGCUUUGGUCAAAUGUACACACCUCACACUGGAAAAUGACUGGUACUGCCGCAGCUUCUGCCCCCUCCUAACUGAGUUGUUUGAGCUGAAGAACAAUGCCCAGAGAGCACGGCAUGAGAACAGGGAGCUUCUAUGGGAACAGAUUGCACUGGAAGAGUCCAUUAAGGAAACAACAAGGAUCUGUGGGGAAGCCAGUAUGAAAAUCCGUGUAUCAAGCAGCCUCAGGUCUGAACACUGCAGCAGAAGCUUUCCCAGGGCACAGAGCAGGAUUACAGCUCUCAGAGACAGAACUGUCCACCAGGAGCACUGAGGGUGCAAAGAUUGACACCACCUCCCACAUCUCAGUCCUUGUAACCAUACCAAUCUUGGGCUAAAUUUGAAAGACCUUGAGAUGUGGCCUGGAACACGCCUCACGUUUAACCUUUUGACGACUUGUCCAUCAACAACCAACCACUCCGAGUGAGGCAGGUCUACAUUCAUCUUGAGGAGAUUUUUACCAUCUUACCUGCCGUUCUGCUGUGUUUGCAAGGCCAGCAACAGGCUGGAGUUAUAUGUUGAAGAAUCAGCAGGAAUUGAAUGCUGACUAAUUUACUUGUUAUAUUUGUUUUUAGUUUGAAGUUUGGUUUUAUGCAUUUGGUUUUAUUUGUUUACGUUUGAAGUUUUGUUAUUUAUUUGUUAACUUUAGUUUUUUAAUUAAUAUGCUAUAUUCUUAAGGCUAUAUACAUUGAACUCAUUGACUCCCCACUUUAAAAUGUUCUCGAAUAAAUUAAUUUUUGCCAAUAAAUAAAAAUGUGACCUUUAACCCUUCACUCACAAGA